UUGAUCACUUCCGUCAUCGUGUAUUUCCGUGUUUUGAUUAACGAUGUUUUGGUUAAAAAGAUGAAUAUAGACGAAAUAAGACACGUUUUACGAACGAAGCUAGCACAUCUUCUUCAAUCCGCUCCCGGAUCUAAAGAUCUUGUCAUUGGUUCAAACCUCACCAAAGCCUUGGAUCGAAUCGCUGGAGUUUCAUUUUUGAAGAGUCAUGAUGUGGACAAAAUAUUUAUCCUGGAUCCCGUACAGAAAAGCUUACCAGGAGGUUCAAGUCGUUUCUAUUUUGUGCGUUCCGAGAUGAGGACGGUCAAGUGCAUCGCAGAUCACAUCAAUGCAGAUCUGAGUCAAGGAAUAAAGCGGUCGAACACCAUCAUCUUUGUACCACGCAAGCUACAUGUGUGUGAGAUGAUCCUGGAACAUGAAGGCGUGUUUGGACAGAUCACAAUCGAAGAGUUCCCGCUGGAUCUCAUCCCACUGGACCGCGACCUCAUGUCAAUGGAGAUGCCCGAAUUCUUCGGCUCGUUUUACCAGGACAGUGAUGAAACGUGGCUGCACACUGUGUCUUCCUCUCUCGUCAACUUCCAGACACUCUUUGGAAGAAUACCAAAUGUUUACUGUAUUGGCGGCGGCGCUAAGAUGGUUCAUCACUUGAUGAAGACUCUGCAGGGCUUGACAGGUGAAGACGUCCAUCCGGGGGAGGUUGGCAACCUCGUCAUCAUAGACCGAGAUGUUGAUAUGGUGUCACCUCUCUGUUCUCCAGUUACCUAUGAAGCAUUGUUAGAUGAAACGUUCAGUAUUAACUGCAGUUUUAUUGAGUUUGGUUCUGAGGUUGUUGGAAAAGACCAAAGUGUCAAGAAACUGCUAACAAGUCAUGAUGAAAUUUAUGAGCAGAUUCGAAACCGUCAUUUCUCCAAUGUGUUUGGUUAUCUGAGCAACAAAGCUAAAGAAUUACAAGUGGGGUACGAUAAAAAGAAUAGUCUCAAAACUGUGGGAGACAUGAAAGACUUUGUAGCCAAUGAUCUGAAAGGCUUGAAGCAGCAACACAAGGCUCUGUCAUAUCAUAUUGGUGCUUGUGAAGUGAUCAUGAAACGUAAAGCGAAAAUGGAUUUUGAAGAGCACAUCAAGGUAGAACACAGUUUGUUAGAAGGCACAGACCUCAAAGAGAGUAUAACAUAUGUAGAAGAAUGUAUUAAUAAACAGGCGUCCAUGGUGCCGCUGCUGAAGCUGAUGUGUCUGCUGUCUCUCACACAGGACGGUCUGUCCUCCUCCACAUACAGAUCUCUCAAGACACAGUUCUUACAGAGUUAUGGUUUUGAGCACUUGUUGAGUUUCUUCAACUUGAAGAAGUUAGGUCUGCUGGUAGAACAGGACCUGAUGACUCCCGGAAAACCACUCGCCAAGGGUCUCGCGGCCAUCACCAGACGAAGCAACUUCAUGUCUCUAUCUAAGAAACUCAGUCUGGUACCGAAGUCUGCUGACGAGGUGAACUUGAAGAGUCCUAACGACAUGUCCUAUGUAUUCAGUGGUGCCUACACACCCCUGUCCUGUAAACUUGUUGAGCAAGUUUUGACGAGAGAAGGAUUUGCUGGCUUGGACGAUGUAACAAAGCAUAUACCAGGAGGAACCUUUGCCAAUGUGGAAGUCAAGAGACCACCAAUUUCAAAAGGGCGGAUCAAUGCACCUAUGAAGCCUGCUCUUAAAACAGUGCUGGUGUACUUCCUAGGAGGCUGUACCUUCUCCGAGAUAGCUGCUCUACGUUACUUAGCACGAACAGAAGCUGGUUGGAAAAUCAUCAUUGCCACCACAGCUAUUGUGACAGGGAAUUCAUUAAUAGAAUCAGUCGUAGAGAAAUGCUAGUCGGUGUGAUCUCAAAAUAAAAGACAGAAGACAGUUCUAGUCUCCGGAUGCAGCAGCUGGAUGAAGGAGUGAAUAAAACAAUGCAUACAUUCCAUAAACUUGCACUGAAGAAGUUACCCAUUGUGGUCUGGCCAAUGAAGAAUAAUGAUUUUAUAGUUAAGAAAAUAAAUCAAAGUGCAUACAUCACGAGUGGUUAAAACAGGAAUGUCUGCAGGAUUUUUCUACGGAAGAGGUCCAAAAGGGCACCUAUUGCAUUCCAAAGGACACUGACAUGCAUUGUUUGGAAAAUUGCCAUGCUACUUUGAAGUUAUUGGAAUUGGAGUGGUGCACACCCCCAGCACCCCGUCUCCCCAAUCUGCACCCGUAUAAGAGCCAUCUAUAUAACGAGUCCGUGGCAGGAUUUUGUAUCAGGUGUGACUAUUAAAGGUGAUCUAAGAGAAGAUCACAGAAAACAA